ACGGGGAAGACCGACACGAAGCUUUCAAAGAAGAAAGUAGCUUCUUAGACAGAAAUCAAGAUACUGUUCUCAAGUCGUCCACAUCAACUCUUCAUUGACAGUUUCAGCGAUAUCCCAGGAUUCGGACUGCAGGACUACACUCAAACGGACAUUCGAACUGUGAUUCUUGCAAGGUUAAAGGGAAUGUGAGAAUGAGACGAAUAAUGGAAUCCGAUUCCAAGACCCAGCAAUCUGCGAUCAACACGCUAGUAGGCGACAUCUCGAAAAGAGCUGAGGGGGUGUUUCUAUGGGUACGACUAGUCCUCGAUGAGUUGAUGGAGGACUGUACGGCUGGCGAACCAAUCGAGGCGUUCACAGAGCGGUUGAACAUCCGGCCCAGCGAUUUGGAAACUUCCUACGAACACAUGCUGCGUAAAGUUCCCGAAAAAUACCGAAACGAUGCGGCCAUCAUGAUCGAGAUUCUUCAAGAAUGCAUCCAUUGCAUCAGCGCGAGGGCAUUCGUUGAAGCAUGCAGAGCAGCGCCGUACAAUUUGUUGGAGGACAGCAUGACUGCUACCAAACAACUUGAAUCUUACUCGAACGAUGACCUGGAGAGGUUCAUCCGUAGCCGAUCCGGGGGGCUUCUCGAAACCAAGGUCUCCUCCUCUAUUUACUACCUCGAAUUUGACACACAAACACUGCUCUCCCCCAAAGAAGUUAAAUUAUCUACCGGAGAGGUGCCUACCGGGGAUGCGAAUCAGUUGGGCCAGACACCGAACAACUAA